UGGGAUGAAAGUUUCAUCACGCCAAAAAGGAGAAGCUCGACAUCACGAACAUCCAGUGGUAGCGAAACACCUUCAACAACCAAACAGAGUACGAAAGCUGAAAAGAAGCCUUGUUCAGCUGCUCAUGGUGUUGAACCGUCUACUUCUGCAGAACCAGAAACUGCCGAUUGGGGAUCGAGUCCAACUAUUGACCCAACGAAAUCGCACUGCAAGUGUAAUCAGCCGUAUAAUCCGAAAAAGU